CAGGUGAAAGGAGGGUAAUACGCUAUAUAACACGAGCCAUAACGCCCUCCCCGGAAAGCUUUUCGUCUGUCCAUCGCGUCCCUCCCUUCGUUUCGACCAUGAAAGUCUAUACUUCCACCUACCCCCGACCUCAUUUACCGCAAUGCUCCGUCUUUACUUACCUGUUCUCAGGUCCUAAUUUCGCAUCGACCGCAUCGAAGACGGCGUUCAUCGACACCGUCACCGGACGGUCGAUCUCUCGGGGGGAGCUCAAGGACCUCGCCCUGCAAUGGGGCCAUGGUCUAACGAACGCCUUUCCCGCCCUCCCGCAGGGGGGAGUGAAAGUAAAACGGGGGGACACCGUGAUGAUAUUCUCCCCAAACUCGCUCGCAUUCCCGGUCCUCCUGCAUGGGAGCAUCGCCGCGGGCCUGAAAGUGACGCUGGCGAACAGCUCGUACGUUCCUUACGAACUGGGGUACCAGUACAAGGACUCGGGCGCGAAGCUGAUCUUCGCGCACCCGGCCUUGCUGCCGGUCGCGCUGAAGAUGUUUGGGGAGGUGUAUGGCGCGAAGGGACGGGAGGAGGCGCGGAAGCGGAUUAUUAUUGCGGGCGGGAGUGGGUGGGGCAGUGUAAGCGCUGAGGAGGAGAGGAAGCUCGCGGGGACGAAGGAGGUGGAGGGGUUGGUGUGGAUGCAGGACUUGCUUGGGGAGGGGGCCCUGCAGAAGGAGGAGCAAUUCUCGGGGCUGGAAGUGAACGAGACGGCAUACUUGUGCUAUUCGAGUGGGACCACCGGGCGGCCGAAGGGUGUCGAGACGACGCACUAUAACGUGACGUCGCACGCAGAGAUGCUCAACGAGGUGUGGGACCUCAAGUCUGGGAACGACGUGAUGCUAGGGUUCCUGCCCUUUUAUCAUAUCUUCGGUCUCACCGGACUCCUGCAUCACCCGCUCACCCAGAAUGCCCCGCUCGCCAUCAUGCCAGGCUUCAACCCCGAGGCAUGGUGUGUCAACGUGCAGAAGUACAAGAUUACCUGCAUGAUGGUCGUCCCGCCAGUCCUGGUCGUGCUGACUAACUAUCCUGCCCUCGGAAAGUACGACUUGACGUCGCUGAACUUGAUGAUCUCGGGCGCUGCCCCGCUGGGUGCCGGGCUUGUCAAGAAGGUUAAGGACCGGUUGCACAGCGUGGGUGCUACCACCGAUAUUACCCAAGGCUACGGGCUGACGGAGACUACGCCUGUCGCAUUCCUGCUCCCUCCCAAAGAUUGUAUCCGAAAAGUCGGGUCUGUCGGACGCCUGGUUCCCCAUCUGGAAGCGCGUCUCUUGAGCGAGGAAGAUGUGGAUAUUGACGAGACGAAGGAGGAGAGCGGGGAGCUCUGGCUUAGGGGCCCGAGUAUCAUGAAGGGAUACUUGAACAAUGUAGAGGCAACACAGAACUCGAUCACAAGAGAUGGGUGGUUCAAGACUGGAGAUGUAGCACAAGUGGACGAGGAUGGCUACUGGUAUAUCGUGGAUCGGAGGAAAGAGUUGAUCAAGUACAAGGGCUUCCAAGUUCCCCCCGCCGAGCUGGAGCAAAUGCUCAUACAACACCCUGAAAUCGCUGAUGUCGCCGUUAUCGGAGUCGAGAGCGUGGAGGAGGCCACGGAAGUACCUAGGGCGUACAUCGUGCACGUAAAUCCCAAGUCCGUACAGUCGCAGCAGGAUAAGGACGCCUUCGAGAAGAAGAUCCAGGAAUGGGUGCGCGGGCGUGUGGCGAAGCACAAGUAUCUCAGGGGAGGUGUGGCCAUCAUCGACGUUAUCCCUAAGAAUCCUUCAGGCAAAAUCCUCCGGCGAGUACUCCGCGACCGGGCAAAGACCGAGGUCACCGCUAUCAAGGCCAAGGCUAAGCUAUAAUCUGUGCGAAUUGUUGGGUUGGCUAUGCUUGAUUUAAUAAGUGUAUCUACAAGGGUAAUGUAUCUAGGAUCCAUUGUACAUAUUAAUAUAUCCAUUUUCUAGUCC